GGCGGAAGUGGGCGGGGCUCCGUUUGACUGGGAAAUGUCAGCUUCUUGAGUAGACGGGUUUUCCUUUCUCGGGAGCCUGGAGGCCUUCUGGUGGCCGUAAUCGCCGUCUUCCCCGAGUGUGGGUCUCAGACCCUGGACGGCUGUGGCGAAAGCGGAGCUUCCAGGCCCCUUUCAGACGCUGUCUGGAGAGAGCGCACGGUUAGGGAAACCCUAAUUUUUAAUCUCCCACUUCAUGGAACCAGUUGGCCUCACCUGGGUUAGAAGAAGAAAAAAAUCUGUUAAAAGAAAAGAACUGGCUGAUGUAGUAAAUAGACAACACACAAGGGUAUCUUCCCCUCACCUCUGGAACCAGUCCAGUGAACAGAUAUGGUUCAAAACUGUACAUGAAUAACUUCAAUUACUCAGAGUGAACAUUCAAUAAUGAGUAGUGCAGCUUUGGGACUCGAGAUUGUUUUUGUCUUUUUUCUGGCUUUAUUUCUACUUCAUCGAUACGGAGACUUCAAAAAACAACAUAGACUUGUAAUUGUUGGCACACUGCUUGCUUGGUAUCUCUGCUUUCUUAUUGUCUUCAUACUGCCUCUGGAUGUUAGUACGACCAUAUACAACCGGUGCAGGCAUGCGGCUACAAAUUCAAGCCCUCCAGAGAGUAACAACAGCACAGGAUCAUAUGCAACUAUCACCCCUGUUCCAAGACAACAUCCAUGUUUUAAGCCAUGGAGUUACAUUCCUGAUGGAAUCAUGCCAAUUUUCUGGAGGGUAGUAUAUUGGACAUCACAAUUUUUAACAUGGAUCCUGCUACCUUUUAUGCAGUCAUAUGCAAGAUCUGGAGGGUUUUCCAUCACUGGAAAGAUAAAAACUGCACUGAUUGAAAACGCAAUAUACUACGGCACCUAUUUGCUAAUUUUUGGAGCAUUUUUAAUUUAUGUAGCUGUAAACCCACGUUUGCACUUAGAAUGGAACCAACUUCAGACAAUUGGUAUAGCUGCUGCUAACACGUGGGGUCUGUUCCUUCUUGUGUUGUUGUUGGGGUAUGGCUUGGUGGAAAUUCCUCGAUCAUACUGGAAUGGAGCAAAAAGAGGUUAUCUACUAAUGAAGACUUAUUUUAAGGCAGCCAAACUGAUGACAGAGAAAGCGGAUGCAGAAGAAAAUUUAGAAGAUAUUAUGGAGGAAGUUCGUAAAGUGAAUGAAAGCAUCAAGUAUAACCACCCAUUGAGAAAGUGUGUUGACACAAUACUCAAAAAGUGCCCUACAGAGUAUCAGGAAAAAAUGGGAAGAAACAUGGAUGAUUAUGAAGAUUUUGAUGAAAAGCGUAAUACUUAUCCAAGUGAAAAAAGUCUGGUAAAAUUGCAUAAACAGGUAAUUUAUGCAGUUCAGAGGCACCGUCGAACUCAAGUACAAUGGCAAAUUCUUUUGGAACAAGCAUUUUAUCUAGAAGAUGUAGCAAAGAACGAAACCAGUGCCACCCAUCAGUUUGUUCACACCUUUCAGUCCCCAGAGCCAGAAAACCGAUUUAUCCAAUAUUUUUAUAAUUCUACAGUUGAAUGGCACUGGGAAUGUCUUUUACGACCAUGGUUUUACAGGAUUCUUGCUGUGGUUUUGUCCAUCUUUUCCGUGAUUGUUGUGUGGUCGGAGUGCACAUUCUUUAGCACAACUCCUGUCUUAUCCCUCUUUGCAGUCUUCAUACAGCUGGCAGAAAAAACAUACAAUUAUAUUUAUAUUGAGAUUGCUUGCUUCCUUUCCAUCUUCUUCCUCAGUAUUUGUGUUUAUUCUACUGUAUUCAGGAUUCGUGUAUUUAACUAUUAUUACUUGGCUUCACAUCACCAGACUGAUGCUUACAGUCUACUUUUCAGUGGCAUGUUGUUUUGCCGUUUGACUCCUCCUUUAUGUCUUAAUUUCUUGGGUUUGACCCAUAUGGAUUCCUCCAUCUCUCACCAGAAUACUCAGCCAACUGCUUAUACAUCUAUUAUGGGUUCUAUGAAAGUUUUAUCCUUUAUUGCAGAUGGAUUCUACAUAUAUUAUCCUAUGUUGGUGGUAAUUCUCUGCAUUGCUACUUAUUUUAGUUUGGGAACCCGUUGUUUGAAUUUGCUUGGUUUCCAGCAGUUUAUGGGAGAUAAUGAUAUGACAUCAGACUUAAUUGAUGAAGGAAAGGAAUUAAUCAAACGAGAGAAGAGAAAAAGGCAAAGGCAAGAAGAAGGUGAAAAUCGAAGAAGAGAAUGGAAAGAACGUUAUGGACACAAUAGAGAAGAUUCCACUAGGAAUAGAAAUGUUCAUUCUGAUCCAAAAGAGUCAAAUUUCUCAGAUAGUAAUACUACUUGGUCAUCCAAAUAUACCAGAGCUAAUAAUAGGACUGAAAGGGACCGAAUAGAACUUCUCCAAGAUGCAGAGCCUUUGGAUUUUAAUGCAGAAACAUUCAAUGAUGAUCCUCUUGAAUCUGAAUCAGGAAGGUAUCAGCCUGGUGGACGAUAUCUCUCAAUGUCUUCCAGUAUAAUAUUUGAAGAUAUCUGAAGUCUCAAGAAAUUUAUGAAACAACUAAAGACGAUCAACACAUCAUUUUAUGAAAAUCUACAUAGAUGUGCCCCAUAAUUUCCUGCCUACUCUCGGUGAAAAAUGUCAGUAUAACAAAAAGGCACCAUGAGUUAAUUACAGCUUAGUUUAUUAGAGAAUAUUAUCUUUUCUAAUAAGAUUUAUGAUAUACCAUUCCCAAAGUGUUUGCCUUAGAAGUAUAGUAGAAGGAUUUAAUUCAUGAUAAAGAUCAGUAUAUGUUGAGAACAUAUACUUCAGUUUUAUGUGAAUUUUUUUCAGAAGAGUUAUUUAUAGAUUCAGGGAAGCCAUAAGUCAUACUAAAUAUCAUACAUUUUAUUAAAAGUGAUUUACAGUUUUGCUGUUCCUAAAAAAUAGGUUCAACCUGUAUUUCCCAAAGAAAUGUAAGUGAAUGGAGACCUCAAAUGAUAACUAUAUUCACAAACCCAUGUCUUAAAACAAAACUUACUAACUGAAUGCUUUUUUGAAUCUAUAUGCAAAUUUGUGCGGUAUUUUGCAUGAAUAAUUAGGAUUAUAUUUCAACUAAUAGUGUUAGUGUCUUUAGCAUGUAUAUGCCAAUCAAGUGAUAGAUCAUUUUUUCACUUUGUAGUAACUGGAUUUUAAAAAUGCCUUGAUAUUGCUUUAGAAAAGAUUUUCAUUUCAGAGGGAAAUAUUCACUGUCAGAAUUUAGCAUAUUGAUUUCAGUAUUGAUCAUUCCAUUCAAAGGGAAAUCUUAAGUAUUAAUGAUAAAUAGGUUUUUUUUUCUUAGCCAAAGUGUUCUGCAGAAUUGUCCUUUUAAAGGCUCUUGUUUACACUUUUUGAAAAGAAAAUGUGGCUAUUCAAAGAUAAAACAUGACUAUUUACUACUUAAAUUGUGCUUUAUAGAAAAUAGAAAACUGUAUUAGAGUAGAAAUGUAUAAUAAUAACUUGUUGGUUAAAUGUGCUUAUUAUUUCAACUUGACUGUUUUAAUCUUUGUGGUUAAGCCAGUUAGGUAUUACAUUUUAAAGCUCCAGUGUUUUACUGAACAGCAAACAUGGCAAAAUGCAACCUGCUUACAGAGGUUUUUAAUGCUCUGAAAAUAUUGAUAAUUAUCGUAGAAUCCACACUACCAUUGUGUAAGCAUACUUGAGCUUGCCUCUCAAUUUUUGUUUUUUUGGUAGUACUGGGGAUUGAACUCUCAGCUUUCAAACUAAGCUACAUCCC